AAUUUUAUACCCAAAAGAAAAGAAAAGUUCUACCCUAUGGAGAGGCGUUUUUGGUAAAUUCCACAUGAACAGAGAGUUCCACGUCGUUAAUUAUUAAUUUCCCAAUCAACCUCUGAUCUCAGACUCUGUGUCCCCUCUGUUUAUCAAAAUCAACAAUAUAUUUUGAAUUUGACUCCACACGCUUUCCUUAUACUGUUCCCAAAUUUCAAGUGUUCUAAUCACAUUCGAUUUCUGAUCUGACCAUCACAAGAAAUUGAAAAAAGGAAUAAUAAUAAAAAAAAAACGACAUUUCAAUUUCCGCGAAAACUCCAAUCCAUUCUUAUACCUUCCUUCGCCGCUAAGAUCCCAGUUUCCGUUAACAAAUCAAUCAUCCGACCAAAUCAAAUUCACAAUCUCACUUUCCCCUUCUGAUCCAAAGCAAAAGAUAAAACCCCUUUUUAGUUCUUCUGAUUCCCUCUUUAACGACUUAUCAUACUCCAUUCCGGGAAAAUAAAAAUGCUUCACAGGAGUUUCAAGCCAGCCAAAUGCAAGAUGGCUUUAAAGCUAGCGAUACCUCGAAUAAAGCUAAUGAAGAACAAGAGAGAAGCACACGUUCAGCAGUUAAAGAGGGAGUUGGCUCAAUUACUGGAGUCGGGGCAAGAUCAGACGGCCAGGAUUCGGGUGGAGCAUGUCGUUAGGGAAGAAAAGACUGUGGCAGCGUAUAAUCUACUUGAGAUCUACUGUGAACUAAUCGUCGCACGUAUGCCGAUCAUUGAAUCUCAAAAAAACUGCCCCCUCGAUUUGAAGGAAGCAAUUUCAAGUGUCACAUUUGCGUCUGCAAGGUGUGAAGAGAUACCAGAACUCAAGGAUGUCUCAAAGCAUUUUACAGCAAAAUAUGGAAAAGAAUUUACUUCUGCCUCGCUUGAACUGCGUCCUAAUUGUGGUGUUGGUCGUAUGUUAGUUGAGAAACUAUCUGCUAAUGCACCUGAUGGUCCAACCAAACUCAAAAUAUUGACUGCAAUUGCUGUGGAACAUAAGAUCAACUGGAACCCUGAAUCAUUUGGAGCUAAAGAAUCAAAGAUUUAUGAUGACAUGCUGAAUGGACCAAGUACUUCUAUGGAUACAGGCACCCCUAAUGUUCAAGAUUCAAAACACACUGGAAGAAAUGAAGCACCCGCAAGCUUCUAUGAGCACAGCUCUAGAUCAUUUCUUCAUCCUAAUAAUUUUGAUCACUCAAAUGCUAGUACCAAUAAUUCGGUGUCCUCUGGAACUUAUCCUCCAAAUUCGAAGCCUCAUGGAACUGAAAAUCAAGGGAUGGAGUUUAGGAAUUCAUAUUCUGGGAAUGAGAGAGCUUCCUCUUCGCCAAGUCAACAUUGGGAAAUGAAAUUUAAGGAUGCUACUGCAGCUGCUCAGGCAGCUGCUGAAUCUGCAGAGCGAGCAAGUAUGGCUGCCCGAGCUGCUGCUGAACUUUCAAGCCGGGGAAAUAUCUCCCAGCAGUAUUCAAUGGAGUCAUACAUGUCCCCUAAUGGUAUGAGAGAUGAGGAACUACAGAAGUAUACUGGCUCAUCAUCAGAAAAUGAACAUCAUGCCAGACAUCAGAUUAAUAAUUCCCUUCAUGGAAGGGCUUCUGUGAAUUAUGAACAAGCUGACGGGAAUGAACAACAUAACCAGGAAGAGGGGACUGAAAAUGUUUACAGUAACAUUGCAAGGAGUGGUGAUAAAUCCACUCAUGAUUCCUUCAAUGAAAUGUCAUCGGUGAAUAAUGAAAUCAGAGAUGCAUAUUCCCUAAUAAACUCAUCUGAAGACAGGCAGAUGGAGCAUUUUGCUGAAGUGAGCAUGAAGAGAAACUCAGGUGGAAAUGGGAAGCAAUUUGUGAAUGAACUGCAUGAUAUUAAGAAUCCUCAGAAUGUUGAUCAUCAUGACGUCAGGGAUGGGGAACAAUCAAGAUAUUCUUCGUCUGUUUCUCAAUUAAACACAUCUACCGGUGAUCAUGAUGAUCUCUCUGAUCUAUAUUGGCAGGAGUCAGAAAAUGAUAAGAGAAAGUCUGGUGAAAGCAGGAUGCAAUUUGAGAAUGAACUGCAUGAUAGAAAGAGUUCUUAUGAUGAUCAUGAUGUUUUAUCAAAUAUAAACUGUCAGAAGUCUGGAAAUGGUUCUGGUGAGGAUUUAUUUCAUCUCAAUGAUGAAGCAAGCCUUCCAAGAGGCACAGAAGAAACAACAGGUUCUUUUGACAAUGCCUCGGCAGUUUUUGAUGAUUAUGGAUCAGAUACUUAUGAAGACAAUUUUGGUUUGGAGGAAGAGCCUAAAGUACAUGAAUACAACAUGAACUUUUCUUCUUCGGGUCAGAUAUCACCUAGUCAUCCAUUUACAAGUACAAAUUCUUUGAGCAUUGAGCAGAAUAUCAAUUCAGCUCAAAAGUCCGUUUCAAAAUCCAAUAUUUUCUCAGAGGAGUGGCCUGCUUCUGCCUUCUUUGAAAGUUCAACUAGCUCUGCAGUUCCUUCUCAUGGGGAUGACUUGCCUGCAACAUUCGAUGAUUACGGCCGUAGUUCAGAGAGUGAAGAGGACAUAGGCAAAUCUAGGUUCGUUGGGAAUAGCAAUCCUGGUAUAGGUAGUCAGAAACAAAAUAUGGAUUCCCAGGAGGCUGGAAACAGUUGUCUCAAUUCACGGUUGGUUGAAGGCAUGGAAGAUACUGAACAUUCUAAUGAGUCUAGUCUGGAAGAAAGAAAGGAACUGAACUUGGGAAAUUUGACAGGUGGCCUUCGAAAUAAGGGUUAUAGGCGUCCACCAUAUUCUAAAGUUCCUGGAGGCAAUGCGUUAUCCUCUGAAGAAGCAGGCAAUGAUACAUCUACUAGAAUUAAGCAAUCAUCCUUUCCCGCGGCAGUGGAAGCUUCAGUUAGUUCUGGAUCUUACAUUCAUAAGCCAUAUGGUAGGAAAGAGAAUGCUGAAGUAAGUAGAAUAGUCAGCACAAGAGCACCGGUUACUCAGGUUGACUCUAGUGACGAUGAUUCUCAGGAGGAACAGCCAAAACAGGCUUUUAGUAGCACUGAUGAUCAAUACAACAAAACUCCAAGCUUUGAAGAAAGUAAAGGCUCAUACAACAAGAGAUCAAGUUCAAGGACCCCUGUCCCAUAUUUUGAUUCUGGAAAUAGUGGUUCUGAUGAAGAUCUUCCUAAAACAAGUUUAAAGGUGCAUUCAAACACAAGAAUUUCUCGAAGGACGAAAGCUCCUCUUUCAUAUUCACGGAGAAGUUCUAAUCACAGAACUACAGUUUCCUCCGAGCCAGCAGUAGCGCUUGACAAUGGUGAGGAAAAGAGUUUAACCUCAAAGAGCCCAGAUGCUGACGAAGCUAAACCAAAGACUCAGCCUCAGAAGAAGAGCUCGGAUCACCGAGAAAGUUUUCAGCAUUCCCGGUUUUCAUCUCAACCAACUUUAAGGCCGGUUUCAGAGACCAAGAGAUCUUCAGUUGGUGGAACUUUGAAAUCAUCAGAAAAGGAACAAGUAUCUUCUCCCGUCCGGAAGAGUAUAUCAUCAGGUAGUGCCAAAAGUUCGAAGGCUCAAACAUCAAUUGAGGGAUCAUCGAAGGAGAGUGCCACUCAUGUUCACCCUAAGCUUCCUGAUUAUGAUACCUUGGCCGCACACUUAAAUUCCCUCAGACAGAAUCGCUAAUGUAUAUGUAGUUUCUGAAUUUCCAAUGUGCUGCCUUAUGUUAUUAUGACUAUUUUCGAUUUGCAUGUUCAUACAGAUUUUUUUUUUUUUAACAUUACAGGGAUGUAUAAUAUAUUACCUAUCCAACUAGAGUUGAAAUGUUAUUUCCGUUGAUAAAGCUUCUUUGAUGCAAUAAAACAGCUUCUUUGAAA